AUGGCGGAAAUUGAUUUCAAAAUGGCGGAAGUCGGUUUCAAAAUGGCGGAAGUUGGUUUCAAAAUGGCGGAAAUCAAGUUCAAAAUGGCGGAAAUGCUGCACUUCCUGUCCACCCUGGGAUUCCCAGACCAGGCCUCGGCCUCGGCAGCGCUGCAGCGGAACGAGGGCAGCCACUGGGGGGCGCUAAGGGAGCUGCAGCAGAUCAGGCUCCGCCCCUUCCACUUACGUCACUUCCGGGGGGCGGAGCCAACCCUGGACUUCAACAGGGCCGACCAGCAGGCUUUGGUCCGUCAGAUUUUGGCCACUUUGCCCGUGGCCAGUUGGGGCCGGGCUUUACUGGUGGCCACACUGGGCCGUGAACUGGGACUGGGACUGGUGGCGGAUCCCAGUAAGGAAUCUUUACUGGGAGAACUGGUGGAGGCCGUGGGGUCGUGCCCGGACCGGGCGGCUCUGAGGAGGAGGCUGAGGUGCGAGUGCGCAGUCUGCGGAUGGGGGCUGCCCAGGCAACUGAUGCAGUGGCUGCCGGGCUGCUCGUGCCCGCUGUGUCCCGAUUGUUUCCGGCUCCAUUUCACCGUCGGCGUUCGGGAGAGGGGGGUGGAGGCUCUGGGAUGUCCCAGCUGCGGCCGGCCCGACCUCCGGGACGAGGCCCAGCGCCUCUGGUACUGGUCCACACUGGAGCCGCAGCUGCGGCGCUGUCUGGACCCCGACACCUUCGGCCUGGUCACCCAGAAGUUGACGGAGCUGGAGCUGCUGAGGGACCCCCAGUUCCUGUGGUGCCCCCACUGGGAGCCCCGGCACUCGUCCCUGUCCUGCGCGGAUUUUGGGAAGUGGCUCCGAUCCCGGGACCCCCCGGGACCCCCCCAGGAUUUGGGAACGUUCCUGGGAGAGAUCGGAAUCGGCCCCACCCCACAGGUGGCCAAGGGCACGCACGUGCUGGUGCCGGUGGGCGGGGCCUCGGCCACAGGUUGGAGGGCGGAGUUGGACGAGGGCGUGGCCGAGCCUGUGCCGGGCGCGGCCGGAAGCGACCGCGCCCUGUGGGUGGGGCUGACGGCCCCGCCCUCGGCGCCCAUCGGGCGGUACCGGCUGAGCGCGCGCACGCGCAGUGAGGUCGGGGAGUUCGCGGCGCCGUUCGAGGCGGAGAACGAGGUGGUUGUGCUGUUCAACCCCUGGUGUGCAGAGGAUUCCGUGUACAUGGAGAACUGCAGGGACCUGGACGAGUACGUGCUCAACGAGAGCGGCCGCAUUUUCUACGGCACCGAGGAGCAGAUCGCAGAGAGGUGCUGGAACUAUGGCCAGUUCGAGCCCGGAGUUCUGGAGGCGUCUCUGUUCAUCCUGGAUCGCCGGGGGAUGCCCCACAGCGCCCGCGGCGACCCCGUCAUGGUGGCCAGGGUGGUGUCGGCCAUGGUGAACUCCCUGGACGACAGCGGGGUCCUGGUGGGGAACUGGACCGGGGAUUAUUCCCAGGGAACGAACCCCUCGGCCUGGGCCGGAUCCGUCGCCAUCCUCAGGAGCUUCCACAGCUCCGGGAGCCCCGUGCGCUACGGCCAGUGCUGGGUGUUCGCCGGCGUCGUCACCACUGUUCUGCGCUGCCUGGGCCUGCCCACCCGCACGGUGACCAACUACAACUCCGCCCACGACACGGACGCGUCGCUGACCACCGACAUCUACCUGGACGAGGGAAUGCGGCCGCUGGAGAGGCUCAACACCGACUCUGUCUGGAAUUUCCACGUGUGGAACGACUGCUGGAUGAAGCGCCCGGAUCUCCCGGACGGAUACGACGGGUGGCAGGUGGUGGAUGCCACACCCCAGGAGACCAGCAGCGGUCUGUUCUGCUGCGGGCCCUGCUCCGUCACGGCGGUGAAGAACGGCGAAGUUUUCCUCAAGUACGACACGCCCUUCGUCUUCGCCGAGGUGAACAGCGACAAGGUGUACUGGCAGCGGCAGCCCCACGGCGGCUUCUCGGUGGUGCACGUGGAGCCCGGAGCCAUCGGCAGGAGAAUCAGCACCCAGAGCCCGGGGGGAGCGGGCAGGGCGGACAUCACGGGGCAGUACAAACACCCCGAGGGCUCCGAGGAGGAGCGCCGCGCCGUCUCCACCGCCACUUCCCACGGCUCACGCCCGCGCCGCGCCGGCGCCACCUCGUCCGGGGAGGUGACGCUGGCCGUGAGCUCGGUCGCGGCCGUGGCUGGAGCCGAGCUGGAGCUGCGGGCCGUGGUCAAGAACCAGGGGCUGGAGCCUCGGACGUUGCUGCUGCGCCUCUCGCUCUGCGCCGUCCGGUACACCGGAGUGGCCGGAGCCGCCUUCCGGCAGGAGCAACACCGCCGGACGCUGCCCCCGGGAGAGGAGGACACGGUGACAAUGACCGUGACCUACACCGAGUACCAGCCCCACGUGGGUGACCAGGACGCUCUGAAGCUCACGGCGGCCGGAGCCGUCCAGGAGACCGGGCAGGUCCUGGCCAAGGAGCUGCUGGUGCGGCUGCACACGCCGGAGCUGACGCUGACGCUGCUGGGCCCCGCCGUGGUGGGGCUGGAGCUCCCCGUGCAGGUCGUGUUCCAGAACCCUCUGCCCCGAGCCCUGAGCGGAGCCUCCCUGCGCAUGGAGGGAGCCGGCAUCGCCUGCCCCAAAGCGGCGGCGCUGGGGUCGGUGGGGGCGGGGCAGACUCUCCGCAUCAGCCAAUCAGUGACGCCGCUGCGGGCAGGACAGCGCCGCCUGGUGGCCGCUCUGGAGAGCGCGGCCCUGCCCCCCCUGCACGGCAGCGUCCAGUUCGAGGCCCUUACUGGGAGCACUGGGAGCACUGGGAGCCUCCCCGGGGAUACUGGGAGCGCUGGGAAUGCUGGGAGGAGAGUGAGGAGGAGGAGGAGGGGGAGGCCCGGAGGGAGCACCGGGGGGUGA